CAACAACCAGGCCACAAGCGCCCGAGCGGCUUAAACCCUAGCUCGCCGUCGUGCUCGGCUCGCCACCCCGCGCCUGCUCCUUUCAGGCCCUAACCGUUCGCCGCCGCGCAUUCGAGCACACGCGGAAGCGCACCUAGUGCCAUGGCGAAGAAGCGGAAGCGCACCGACGCGCCCGCAGAGGCGGCCGGCGCAGAGAAGCCUGACGACUCCGCGCCGGCGCGCCCGGAGCGCACGCUCUUCGGCUUCAAGGACCUGGUCCCCGACGCCGAGCCCGCCUCCGCGGGCGCCGAGGCCGCGGUGGCGCCGUUCCGGAACAGGGAGAAGGUACUCAUCACCUGCUCCCGCCGAAUCACGUAUAGGUAUCGGCACCUGAUGCAGGACGUGCUGUCGCUGCUCCCGCAUGCGAAGAAGGACAGCAAGGUCGAGUCGAAGCAGAGCAAGGGGAACGCGCUGAACGAGCUCCUUGAGCUCAGGAGCUGCUCCAGCUGCCUUUUCUUCGAGUGCAGAAAACAGAAGGAUCUUUACCUUUGGAUGGUGAAGUCUCCUGGAGGACCAUCAGUAAAAUUUCUAGUUAAUGCUGUUCACACCAUGGAGGAGUUGAAGCUUACCGGUAACCAUCUGAAAGGGUCACGCCCACUUCUUACAUUUUCUACAAAUUUUGAUGAGCAACCUCAUUGGAAGCUUGUGAAGGAAAUGAUAACUCAGAUAUUUGCUACUCCUAAAGAUCACCGUAAAGCAAAACCUUUCCAUGACCAUGUGUUUGUCUUCUCCAUUGUGGAUGGCCAUGUUUGGUUUCGAAACUACCAGAUUUCGGUUCCCCACAAUGAGAUUGAUAAAGUUGAUAAAGGUGGUCUGGAUAAAAUGACACUUAUUGAGGUUGGCCCCAGGUUCUGUUUGAAUCCAAUCAAAAUAUUUGGUGGUAGUUUUGGUGGUCCUACAUGGUAUGAGAACCCAUACUACAUUUCCCCCAAUCAGAUCCGUGCACUAGAGAAGAGGCAGAAGGCAGGCAAAUAUGCCAAGAAGGUGAAGGCCAAGGUGAGGCGGAAGAUGCACGAGAUGGAGAACACGCUGGAGCCUGAUGAGUUUGCUGAGCUCUGGAAAGGGGAGUAACUGGUCUUUGAUCGACCCUGUCAAAGUCGUGAAGCACCAGCAACUCCUUCCACUUCCACCAAGCGCAGGUCUUGUUUACCAUUGUGGCAGUGCCGACUGUCGAGGUUGUGGAAGUUUUGUAUCACAAAGCAUACUUUUAUUUAUAUAAAAUCGGAUUUUAGUGAUAAGAUAACUUCUGCCUAUA